AUGUCCGCCAAUGACCGCGCCAGCUACAUGAACGCUACACGACCCCGCGCAGUCUCCAAUCGCGUCGAGGCUGGGCCUCGCGGCGCAUCACCUUUCGCCGAUACCAUGGACCCUUUGCGAUCCAGCAGCGCUAGUCAAAAGAACAGAAUGUCUCGGGACCAGAGGAUCAUACCAGAGAAACGUUCAGAACGUACUACUAUCACAACCAGAGAGAAAUCAGUGCGGAGGAAUCCCAUCAAGGAGUCAAGCGCGACCAAUCGUGGGGAACGCGAUAAGUCACGGUCCAAACACCCCAGUCAGCUUGACGGCGCAAGCCCUGGAGGUCAAAUGCGGGACAGGGACGCGAUUGAAACACCUUGGGAUCCGCAAGCAUCAUUGAUUCCUCACUCCACUGCCCCGCUCGCAUGCCGUGUCUCCGUCCCUCCAUCAGCUGCAACAGUCCCCCAGUCACUCUAUCCUCAACCGUUUCGAGAUCUUUCGCCCGAUGGCCAAGAAGCCGCCGUGUUGGAGGAUUUGCUCUUUGUUUUCAUGGGCUUCGAAGGCCAAUACAUCCACUACCAUAGUUCUUAUGAUCCGUCCGUUGAGAAGGACCGACUCACCGGUCCGGUCUUCCAAUUGGCCCCGGGUCUAGACCCUACCUUGCGGGAUCUUACACAGUCGAUGUUGAAGAUGGCCACUCACUAUAGCGCAAUGGAGGCUUUCGUGGAGAUCCAGAGUCGUGCCGAGUAUGGCGCUGUCAGCCAUGCGCUUUGCGCAUCGAUUCGGAAGAUUCUCAAGGACUAUUUGAUUCUUAUCGCCCAGCUGGAAGGCCAGCUUCUGAACAACCCCACAUUCACCCUACACCAACUUCACCUCCACACAAUGUCGACAAGCCAGUGCCUCGCUCAACUAUACUCUAUAGGGCAAGAACUACUCCGUCGAAAUGGUCUCCUAGAAGAUCAAGAUACAGACGAAUCGAUAGAUGAUUUCGACGACGUCGACAAUAUCCUGGAACAACUACGAGAGGGUGGUGAUCUGGUGCCUGGCGCGAUGGCAAGUAAGAAAAUUUGCAAGGGUGGGAACGUUCUCCGGCUACUUACGGAGCGGUUGAAUACAUUUGCGGGCGAUCCAACGACCAAGAGUCUAGUCCAGGGUUUGUUGCGAGAUGCUAGUCGACCUUACAUGAACAUGUUAAAUGAAUGGCUACACCAUGGAGGAAUCCGCGACCCUCAUGGAGAAUUUUUGAUCAAAGAACAGAAGUGGAUCAAAAGGGAGAAGCUUGAAGAGGACUAUACAGACGAGUACUGGGAGAAACGGUACACGAUCCGCAAUGAUGAGAUUCCACCACAACUUGAUAGUGUUCGAGACAAGGUUCUUCUUGCAGGAAAAUAUCUCAAUGUAGUACGGGAAUGUGGUGGUGUGGAUAUCAGCAAAGCAGUGAAAGAUGUGCCCAAGACACUUGAUGAUCCUCGGUUUUUGGAGAAUGUCAAUGGCGCUUACACCUACGCCAAUGCCUCUCUACUGAACCUGCUCCUUACUAAAAACUCUCUGACGACCCGCUUCCGCUCACUCAAACACUAUUUCUUCCUGGAUCGUUCUGAUUUCUUUUCUUACUUCCUCGAACUCAGCGCAUCUGAAUUACGCAAACCCGCUAGGGUUGUUAACGAGGGCAAGCUCCAGUCACUUCUUGAUAUUGUCCUUCGUCAGUCGGGGAGUAUUGCCGCACAAGACCCAUUCAAGGAAGAUGUUAAAGUACGAAUGAACAAGAUUGGGCUCACCAAGUGGUUGAUGCAAGUGGUCAGCGUCUCUGGUAUUGACCAAGAUCAUCCGGAGGCGGCAAUUGAGAAACAGCAGGCUUCUGCAGCCCAGGCGGCAGAUGACGAGAAAGAUAUUGUGGGAUUCGAUGCGCUGGAGCUGGACUACACGGUGCCAUUCCCCCUCUCGCUCGUCAUCAGUCGCAAGACUGUAUUGCGAUAUCAACUCAUCUUCCGACAUCUUUUAGCCCUGCGCCAUCUGGAGACAUUAUUGGUCACAUCUUGGGCAGACCAGAACAAGAUGACGAGCUGGCGACACAAGUCAUCUGAUAGACGACUGGAGAUGUGGAAGCGACGUGCGUGGAACCUACGGACCAAGAUGCUCGUCUUUGUCCAGCAAUUGUUGUAUUUCUGUACAGCUGAAGUGAUAGAGCCCAACUGGGUAGGAUUGAUGGACCGGGUGAAUGGGGCUGAUGCCGAGGGCUCUGAAGUGACCGUGAAUGGCACCAAACAGGUCAACCGGACAGUUGAUGAGCUAAUGCAGGACCACGUGGAUUUCUUGGACACCUGUCUGAAGGAAUGCAUGCUUACCCAGGCGAAGCUGUUGAAGAUUCAUUCUAAAUUGAUGACCUGUUGUACUAUGUUUGCAUCAUGGACGGCAGCGUCUCUCUCGCGGGCUCUGGCCUCUGCUGACCCGGAUUUGUCUGGGGAGGCAGCCACAGGAGCCGAAGCCAGACCUUAUGACCCCACUCGGAUUGCCAAGCUCGAGGACACGCUUAAACGAUAUGAAGAUCAUUUCAACCGCCACCUGCGGAUUUUGAUGGACAGUCUGAAUUACUUCGCCGCCACUGAGAGCGUAGUUCUCCUGAAACUUGCACACUCCCUCAGUUCGAUUAGCAAAGAAGACUGA